AUGUCGCUCGCCACGCCGUUCAACUCUGCCAGCGAGAUGCUGGAAUAUUUGAAGGCGAACGAAGUCCAACUCCUGGACUGCUGCUUUGUCGACCCCGGAGGGCUCUGGCAUCACUGCAGCAUGCACGUUUCCCAGGUUGACGAGAAGGCGCUGAGGGAAGGUUUCGCGUUUGACGGCUCCUCGAUCCGCCUCUUCGCGACAGUCGCUUGCUCCGACAUGUCCAUGAUUCCAGAUCCAAAGACGUGCUGGAUUGACCCCUUCCAAGACCACAAAGUGAUGCAUGUCACCUGCGCCAUCAGUGAUCCGAACGGCGUGCCGCUGGAGCGGUGCCCGCGCCGCAUCGCGCAGCGCUGCGAGGACUGGGUGAAGUCUCUCGGCCUCGCCGAUGCGGUUUACAUCGGCCCCGAGGCGGAGUUUUUCAUCCUGGACGACGUGAGGUACAGCUGCAAGCCCAACAAGAUCAGCUACGAGCUCGACUGUGCAGAAGAAGGCGCAUGGAACACCGACGUCCCGAGCAAGGCAGCCUCGGGCACGGGGAACCUGGGCCACCGGAUGCCUCACAAGAAGUGGUAUUUUCCAGUCGCGCCGAUUGACAAGCACGCGAAUCUGCGCACGGAGAUGCUUCUCAUGAUGGGUGAACUGGGGCUGCCGAUCGAAAAACACCACCACGAGGUCGGCUGCUGCCAGCACGAGCUCGGCUUCACAUUCCGCACUCUCGUGGACGCGGCGGACGCCAUGAUGGUAUACAAGUACGUCGUGAAGAACGUGGCGCAGAAAGCGGGGAAAACCGCCACCUUCAUGCCCAAGCCGAUGACCGGUGACUGCGGCUCCGGCAUGCACAGUCACCAGUCGCUCUGGAAGAACGGGACGAACCUCUUCUUCGACGAGAAGGGCAGCUACAUGAAGCUCUCCCAGGUCGCCCUCUGGUACAUCGGGGGACUCCUCAAGCACGCCCACGCCGUGCUCGCCUUCACCAACGCAUCGACCAACUCGUACAAGCGCCUCGUCCCCGGAUACGAAGCGCCCACCAAACUCACCUACUCAAAGGGCAACCGCAGCGCGGCAGUUCGCAUUCCGCUGUGCGACAGCGACAACCCGAAGGCAAAGCGCCUGGAGUUCCGCUGUCCGGAUGCGGCAGGCUGCCCAUACUUGGGCUUUGCGGCCAUGGUCAUGGCAGGCAUCGACGGCGUGCGCAAGCAAAUCGCGCCGCCGCCGCCUGCGGAGUGCGACGCGGCAGAAAUUGAUCCUUCGCUCGUGCAGAGCACGCCGUCGUCGCUCAGCCAAGUCCUCGAUGCGCUCGAGGCCGACCACGAUUUCCUCCUCGAAGGCGGCGUCUUCACCAAGGAUUUCAUUCACUCCUACAUCGAGAUGAAGCGGGCAGAAGUCGCCGCGGUCGAGCUCACGCCACACCCCCGCGAGUUCGAGUUGUACUAUCACUGCUAA